AUGGAGUCCAGUGCCCAGCUCCAGAGUGGCCCCGACCUCAGCUGUGGGGACGCAGCUACCUCAGUCCCUGGACACGUGGCUGACACCUCGAAGCCAGAUCUCGAGAUAGGCAUGGCCCUUGUCACCAAAUGCCCUGAUGGCCAGGAGAAGCAGGUUGGGGAGUCAAGCUUCCCGUCAUCCCUGGAGUCACCCGGUGUCACCUCAACAUCCAGUGGCACCACCUCCUCCUCGGCCCACCCCAUGCCCAGGGCCCCUCUGAGAACCCAGAUACCCUGUGAAUUUCUGCCAAUUUAUAACAAGAUGGUGGACGACAAAUGCAUCGUCCGAGUCAGAGUGGACAUGGAUAAUGGAAAUGUUUACAAAAGCAUGAUGCUGACCUGCCAAGACAGUACACGGGCCUUUAUCCGCAAAGCCCUGGAGAAGCAUAUCCUGGAGGAAGAAGAUCCAGAGGACUACAUGCUGGUGCAAAUUGUUUCACCGAAAAGACGGAUGAAGAUUCCAGACAGGGCCAAUGUGUUUUAUGCGAUGGACCCUUCAGGCAAUUACGAUUUGCUCCUGACUAAGAAAACCUCUGCCAAGGGGAAGAAAGGGAAAAAGGGAGGCCUGUUCACCCUUUUACACGGGAAGAAGUGAGGCAGCUUCUCACUGGCCCUGACAGCUGCCAGCCUAGGGUCAUCUUCCCACGUGUAGCUGGUUGGGUGACUUCGCCGUGCCAGGCGGGCACUUCCCUCCCCACCAGCCAGCUGAGCCCUCCCUGCCCUGACUCUGGUUUCAGCCCUGAACCUCUCCUCCUGCUGGCAUCUCCCUGCCCCUUGACAGCCUGACCCAGACUCCUGUGGACCACUCACUGCACCCUCCUCGGGCCAUGGGUCCCCACACAUGACCUUCCCUGGGGCUCCUGCCCUGCCUCACCCCACUGCAGCCUUCCUCAGGCUGCACCAAGCAUUUUACCAUCAGGACCUCCCAGGAGUCAGGCUUCUCCUCACACUCAUCCCAGGCCCUCAUCCCAGGGACUGGAGAGGCCUCUUCACUCUGUAAGGCUUCCCCCAUUGAGGGAUGAAGUGCCCAGCUGGGUGCCACAGACCUCAAAUCUCAAGCCAUGCAAGGGCCAAGCACCACU